AUGACCGUCGAAGAAGCAACUAAACCAAUACGAAGUAAAUUUCAACGACACACAAAUGCUCUUAUCUGGAAGUCGUAUUUACAGCGGCAGCGCAGAUGGCGUCUUCUUUCUGUGGAAACUCUCUUGGCUAUUUUGUUAUAUCUCUGUGCUAUUUUAGUAGCGAAGCCGGUGUUUCUUACUCCUUUACAAGCUAUCCCACAGCCGCCUCUUACUUCAGCUGAUAUCUUGGCUUCCUUGAACAAGAAAAACAUCCUGGGUUACGCUCCUAAUAUUCAACCAUUUAAUGAUAUCAUGAACACCGUUGGUGACAGUUUGGAAACAGAAAUUAUCAGUGCGCCCAAGGAAGAUGACCUUAAUAAUAUUCUGUACAAUAGAUCUAGAGGGGUCCGCUUAAAUAACCCAGUUAUUUGGAUUAUUUGGAAGAGAACGGAGAACAACAUGUGGAAAUUCAGCAUCCGUAGUACGGAGCGAGCUCAAUAUGCGACAGGGAAAAAAAUAUCCUCAAGCCCACAUUUACGAAGUGGCGUACUCGCUGUGCAAUUGGCAAUCAGUCAGGCUAUAGUGCAGUAUGCUAGCGGAACAACUCCUGUAUACCAGCUAAGCUUAGCCUCAAUGCCUGUGUCACCGUUGAUGGAACAUGAACGAGUGCGUAAGCACAUAUCAUCAAUCUUGUUAUGUUUCACGCUGGCACUGUUAGCGCCGGUGUUAGAGACUCAGUCACUGGUUAUAUAUGAAACAAGUCAUAAAUUUAAACGAGCCCUGCGUAUUCGUGGUGUGGAUUACUCUUCGAUGUAUAUUGGCUGGCUAACUUACUUUUAUCUUACGGCCCUACCUAUCUGUUUACUCGCAAGCAUCACACUCAUACUUAUCUUCCGUUGGGUCCAUCUACUCUUUACUUUUAUACUUGUGCUAGCAUAUGUCUCCGUGAUGGUUAUGCUAGCUUUGAUAAUGGCCAUGUUUCAUACUCAAACAAUUGUAGCUGCAACAUGGACAACAUUAUUCACACUUCUGCAGACGUUUCUUGCGGAGUUGAUAGUACACCACGGCGUUGACCUCAAACAUGAAAUUUUAACCUUUUUCUUACAUCUUAUCAUACCGCCUUUGGGAUUAAUGCACGGAUUCAAUGAAUUCGCUUUGUUGCAAACUGGACAUGAAGGGCGCUGGGAAGGCAAUUCACUAGUAUACACAAUUUUGUUUUGGUUUAUUAUGAUAGCAUUGUAUUUCGGUAUUUUGAUGAUGUUGCAAAGAACUCUAAAAACAGGGGCCAUCGGAGGACAGGUUUCAUGGAAAUCUAUCAUUUUUAAAUCUGCCGAGGACUUUUCUAAAUUGCAUCAAAUUAAAAAUCCCACGGGACGGGAGCACGAAAAAUUACAAGAAGUCGAUGAAUUGACCGCUAAAGCCAUAAGUAUACGUAAUAUGUCAAAGAGUAUUAUGGGAAAUUCUCUGCUGAGUAACAUAACAUUAGAUAUAUACCGAGGUGAAUUCACAAUGCUCUAUUCUGAAUUCAUUCAAAGUAAAAUGAUUCAGACCAUGGAAGAUCUGUUAAUGGGGCUUACUGAUCCUGACGAAGGCUCUAUAAACAUAUUAGGCGAAGAACUAACUCAUGGAAAGAUGUUUGUUAGUGUGCCUCAUAUGCUGGGUUACUGCCAUCGCAAAGGUUGUCUGAUAGACGAUCUCACCGUACAAGAACAUUUCACGUUUUAUUGUUCUAUUUGUCUGUGGAACGAGUCUUCGGAUUACGUAUCCGAGUACGAGCAUUUAAGGUCGAUACGUUUGUUAGCAGAGUGUGAACUACAAUCAGUGUGCCAUGAAUACGUCCGCAAUCUUGGCGUUUAUUACCAAGCUCAGCUUUGUUGGGCCAUCGCCAUGCUGUUGGAGCCAAGGAUCAUCAUCAUACCAUCAUUUGGUUACGACUCGGCAUUCAAUUCAGUAAUGAGAGAUAAAAUCAUGGCAAGUCGCGAAUACAGAGUUCGAUUAACCCUUAAAAGUGGAAGCUUUUCAAAUGAUGAAGACGUUAAUGAGCUUCUCAAAAGGACCGCGGAAGCUGGAGCGACAAUAAGAGCUCAUUUAGGCACUUUACUCAUACUCCGAUUGCCAGCAAGUCCCACGGCUAACGUCGCGGCUCUGGUUAAAGACCUUAGCGAAAACACUGAUAAAUAUGAAAUAGUGUCUAUGAAUAUAAGUAUACCAGAUUCGGAAGAAGUUUGUAAUAGAGCUAUUUUUGAAUCAAGGGCCAACAUACAUGGCAGCGAAGAACAUCACCAAAGAAUUAAAACCGCGUUAACACAUCUUGCUGAAGCAGCACCCAUAAAGAGGAACAAAAGUUACAUGGGAAACUUUACUCACUUGAGAUACACUUGGGCCAAAUUUGUUGCUUACUACCGACACUAUCGCCUUUACUUCUUUAUAACUGCUUUGUUAGCAAUUACUAGUGGUAUUUUUAUUGGAAUUUCACUUGCUACUGUUCUGGGAGAAAUAGAGAGAGAUAGGGCAACGAAGGCUAUUUUGCAUGGAGAGGUAUUAACGGUGGAAGCACUUGAACAGAAGACAAAUUUAAUUCUACGUGCAGAUAACUCCAGUGAAUCGAAAUCAGUAGUAAAUGCUUACGUCUUCUCUGAAACAAUGGCAACGGAAAAACAAAUAGAGAAUAUGUUUUAUACCGCUCUUGCGGCACCCGAGAGCAUUACGGAGUACUUGGUAACGCGAGCCAUUGAUUCCCCUCAACAAUAUGUGUUUCUAUAUGCUUACGGCUUGGAUGUCGCUGAAGUGAAUGGAUCUCUUAGAGUGCGGGUUCUGUACAGUCCUCUCCACACUGACCACAGUGCCGCUCCUCGCGCUCUCGCCAGAGCUUUCAUGGCACUUCUCAGACACUAUACCUCGGCUUUAGACGCUACCAUACAAGUUACCGACGAUCCCUUAGCACUAGAUCUGACGACUUGUCAUGCGAAGGAUUUCUCUCCUGCUCGGUAUUGGUUGACGUUGUUUAUAUGCGAUAUAAUUCUUUGCUCGUUCUUGGUGAUUUUAAUGACGGCUGCAAUGAUUGCCGUUAUGAUAUUUGUGGCACCAAUGACGUUCCGAUACACCGAUUUAGCCAAAAGUAUGAGAAAGAGUGAUACACAUUUACUUGCACUUAAUGUAUCCCAACGACACUAUGAGAAAUCUAUGAUAAGAAAUGUGUAUCUCAGUUUGAGUAAAGGUGAAGUAUUGGCUAUUUCGGGUGUCUUGGAACAUGGAAGACUACGGCUGUGUGAAAUAUUGGCUGGUUACCAAUUACCAACUGACGGGAAGUUAUGGAGUUUAUCAAAAUGGACUGUUCUUCAAAAUCCUCACUUAUACAGUCAACAGACGUCAUUGAACUGUGAACAUGAGCCUCUUCCGGGUUGGAUGAGUGUGAAGAACGCUCUGGAGAUGCUCGCCGUACUGCGCGGCGUCCCACGAAGCAAGGCUUUAGAUCUGGUCUCGGAUUAUAUUGACGCUAUGGAACUUUACCACCAAGCUGACAGACAAAUUUGCUAUUUGAAAGCUAAAGAUAGGGCGCGUUUACGCUUCGCGGCGGCCGUAAUCGGUGCCCCUGAAGUUGUGAUACUGGAGGAGAGUACAGAGUACCAAAAGUUCUCCGUGAGACGAGCUAUGUACCAUAUAUUAAAUAGUUUGCGACAAAGAGGGCAUUCUAUUAUCAUAUCCUCGAGCAGUGUGGAGACUCUUUUACCUGUGUCAAAUCGUUUGGCAAUUUUAGUGAAUGGUCGAAUCUAUGACAUAGAUCAGUUAGACAAACUCGUGGAACGACAUAGCGAUAAGGGUUAUACUGUCGUAGUGCAAUUAAAGCAGGAAACCAAUGUUGCGAAAAUCUUCGCUAGAUAUUUUACAAACUUUAUCAUCAAUGACGCUUCAGAGAAACUAGUCAACUUCCAACUACUAGAUGAAGAUCUAACUUACACGUCAAUAUUUGAAAAGAUGGAAAUUAUCCAAGAGGAAAACGAUGUAGUGAAUUCUUAUAUAGUUUCUGCUACACCAAUAGAUUACAUAUAUAAUUCCAUAAUAAAUCAAGAACGCGGUCACAUUGCUGAAGAUCAAGAAUCCCGUCUUACCAAAUACUUUUUCCGCCACAAGAAACAGAUAACUCCACCUAAAACUGAUAUAAACAAAUUGAUACCUUUCGAAACCCGAUUUCAUCUAACCAAGCUUAAGGAAUUGCCUUGGUCAGUAAUAUUUGACAAAUAG